UCUCGGCCCGGCGUCUUUUCCGCCGUGCUUCUCGCUUUCCCGCUCCGCUCUCCUAACGCUGCGCGGGGCUUGCGGCGAGCAGGUGUCGGCUGUCGUCAAGGCGCCGUAGCUGGGAGCAGCAGCGCGCUGCCCGAGCAACCCGCGGUUGUUAACACCGGGCUGUGCCCGCUGUGCGUCCCGUCCCUGCGGGAUCAGCCGCCGUUCUGGCCAGUAUACAAUGAACCAUGAUGAUUCCAGGAGAAUCCCAGAUGGAGCGUCGUUUGAUCGCUCAGGUUCCCAGGACUCCUUGGAUGCAAUGUCUUUGGAUGAUUUUUGGAAGGAAGUUGAAAACAUCCAUGAAACCAGAGGAAAUAAUCAUGAGGAACGACAAGCAAUUGUAGUAAAGGAGCCAGAUGAGGGAGAACUGGAAGAAGAAUGGCUGAAGGAGGCAGGUCUGUCCAACCUGUUUGCUGAGAGCACGGGUGAUUCCCAAGAAAGCAUGGUGUUCCUGUCCACGCUGACCCGAACCCAGAAGGCAGCAGUAGAAAAACGAGUAGAGACUGUCACACAGACCUUGAGGAAAAAGAACAAACACCACCAGAUUCCUGAUGUCAGAGAUAUCUUCAGGCCACAAAGUGACCCAAAGGGAAAAGUCUGUGAUAGAAGUGAACCCUCAGCUGUAAGAACAACUGAAAGCAAAAAUGAAAUGCAGGAUGAAACAAAAGAUCUGAAGUUCAGUCUUGGAACUAAUGAGCAGAAGAGCCCACUUGAAGACAUGCCAUUUUCAGAGACUGACAUCAAUUUGGAGAUACCGUUUGCAGAACAGGCAGCUAAUCUCAAAGACAAUUCAGUAGGCAAAAUGUAUAAGGAUGGAGGGGGCGAUACUCUUCACACGAAUUUCAGACUGCCAAAGGACAAAACGGGUACCACAAAGAUUGGUGACCUAGCCCCUCAGGACAUGAAGAAAGUCUAUUCUUUAGCACUGAUUGAAUUGACUGCUCUCUAUGACGUACUUGGGACAGAAUUCAAGCAACAAAAAGCUGCAAAAAUCAAAACCAAAGACUGUGGCUUGUUUGGUGUCCCACUGUCAGUUUUACUGGAACAGGAUCAGAAGAAGGUGCCAGGCACCAAGAUCCCACUGAUUUUUCAGAAGUUGAUUUCCCAGAUAGAAGAGGCAACUCUGGAAACAGAAGGACUUCUUAGAAUACCAGGAGUUGCAACAAGAGUAAAGAGCCUUUGCCAAGAACUGGAAGCAAAAUUUUAUGAAGGGACUUUCAACUGGGAAAAUGUCAAACAACAUGAUGCAGCAAGUCUUUUAAAACUCUUCAUCCGUGAACUGCCUCAACCACUCCUAACUGUAGAAUAUCUCAAAGCUUUCCAAGAUGUACAGAAUCUUCCAAGGAAGAAACAGCAGCUGCAAGCUUUGAAUCUUUUGGUUAUCCUUCUACCUGAAGCAAACAGAGACACACUGAAGGUACUGCUCGAAUUCCUCCAAAGGGUAAUAGAUCAUCGGGAGAAAAACAAAAUGACGCUAAACAAUGUUGCGAUGGUGAUGGCCCCAAACCUUUUCACAUUUCAAGGGCUUGGCUCAAAGACUAUUGAACAAAGCGAGUUUGCUAUGGCAGCUGGAACAGCAAACGUCAUGCGCUUUAUGAUUCAGUACCAAAAACUUCUCUGGACAAUUCCCAAGUUUAUUGUUAACCAAGUGAGAAAGCAAAACACUGAAAACCAGAAGAAGGAGAAAAAGGACAAAGCUAUGAAGAAACUUCUGAAAAAGAUGGCUUAUGAUCGGGAAAAGCACGAGAAGCAGGACAAGACUCCUAAUGAUGCUGAUGUUCCUCAGGGAGUGAUACGGGUGCAAGCGCCUCAUCUUUCUAAAGUUUCCAUGGCAAUACAGCUGACAGAAGACCUGAAAGCCAGUGAUAUAGUAGCCAGAUUUCUCAGUGAGAAAAGUGGAAAUGUCCAAACACUCAAGAAAGAAGAGGUCUUCCUUUAUGAAAUAGGAGGAAAUAUUGGGGAACGCUGCCUUGAUGAUGAUACCUACAUGAAGGACCUGUACCAGCUCAACCCAAAUGCCGAGUGGGUUAUAAAAUCUAAGCAGAGCUAAGCAAAUGGCGAAAGAACAAACCAUGGACUUACUUUGUAAUGCUGAAUUUUUCAAAGUGGUAGUGUGUUCUUUGAACAUUCAACUGUAUUAUGCAUAUUAAUAGAAACUUACCUAGUUAAAAAGAAAAAAGGCAAUGGAAACCCAACAGUGAUUACUAGCAAAUUUUCACUUUUACUUACAGCAAGAUACCAGAAAGAACUUUUCCCACUCAUUUGAUACGAGAAUAAGUCAGUUAAACAUUUUAAUGGCACUAAUCUCCCUUGAUGAUACUCCCAUCUGGUAGGUCUGGUUUCAAACAGAUGUUUAACCUCUUUAUAUUAGAGAUCUAAAAUCUGUUUGCAUUGAGGUGUGUGUUCGUAUAGGUUUUUGCAGUGGUAGGACACUGGAGAACCAAAUCCUAAUCAGCACUUCUGAAUGGUACAGUAUUAAAAAUACCUAAAACCAUUUCUCAAGUGUGAAAUUCACAGGACAAAACUGCAGUACAAUAUAUAUUUUGUCUUUGGCAGUCCUAAUUUUUUUCACUUUCUAGGUAAACUUUGAUAGAAGCUAUUUAAAAACAACUGUGAAAAUGCUUUCUAUGCAUCUUUUUGCUAGAUCUUUUUAAUGUUUUUAUUCUUAUUAUGGUUGAUUGUAUUCUUGAUAUUAUUAUUAUUUUUUUUAAAGUAGGACAGUAUAACACAGUGAGUCAUUUUUAAAGCUCACCACUCUUGGCAGUGUCCUUUCUGGAAUAUUGUCACCACUAGAAAGAUGUCUGAGUUUUUCAGCAGUGAUACUCGGAUAUGUUGCAAACGUUGAUUUCAGGUUUUUUGGACAUCUGGAUAGAUUGCAGAGCAUUUUAUGAACUGCCAAAAUCUGCCAAUUAUGAGCACAAUAAAGACUUUCAGGAUGAAUAAAAUAACUGUGGAGAGAGACUGUAGGCUCAGUUUCACAGUAGCAAACCACCAAACCUUUCACCCAAAAUCAGGGUAAAGGUCUGCUGUGGAGUGUACGUAGGUAUUACCUACCACCAGCUUUACAUCUGGUCUAUCCUGGAUGAGGCUAGAAUCAACUUCUGCCUUCCCUGAUAGAUGCUGUCUAAACCACUAGAAAAUUAGUAGUCCAAUGGUGAGCUAGUGCAAAUUCUCCUCUUGGUGGGGAAGGAAGGACUGAAUGCUCCCUGUGGAAUCCACUGAUACCAAAUUGCAGACUGACGUGGCUCACUGCGGCACAAAAAGCUGUGACUGUGGCUUCGGAACCCAGUCCCAUAGCAAUGCCUUGGGCUCACAAACCUGUGUACCACUUCACAGUUAUUUGUAAACUAGUUCAGCCCUGCUGUAGCACAUACCUGCGUGCUGACCGCCUGAAGUAUAACUACUGUGAAAUGAUAUGCUUGGAACUAAGCGUUUUCUUCCAAUGCACACAGAAUUACAUUGACCUCAUAGGGAAUAUCUAUAUACAAUCAAGAACUGCAUCUGAUUUUUUUUUUGUUGUUGUUGUUGUUUUACUUGAUCAAAGCUGAUUAAAGGAAUCAGGGGCCUUUCUGCUGAGCUUUGGAUACCGGCCCUGGCUGUGUUAUUCCCCAAGAAACCACUGGAACUCUGUUUUAUACACAAGCAGUGAAGUAGAAUUCUGACAGGUCAUGGAAAAAAAUUUCGGCACCUUCUGAUUAGUUAUCUGCAGUGUAUGAACAAUUUGAGAGAUGUAAGUAUUUAUUGUUUGUAAGAAGUCUCGGAGAGGAUGCAGUGAAGGAUUCUCCAGAGCAGGAUGAAGGCAAUCGGAGACUGCUGUAGCAGCUCUGCUCCCAAUGCUCUGUCUCUGUGGGUACCCCCGUGGUGUUGCACUGUGCCACGGCGGCACUGCCCACGAGACAAAUCGCUUUGUCGAUAGAACAAAACUCGCUUGCUGUUCUUUAAGGGAUAGAGUAGAAAGCCAGAGCGGCGCUUAGGCAAACUAUUUAUGAAUCUAACGUAAGGCGUAGAAGGUGUUUUUGUCAUGUAACGCAGCAAUGAUGUGUGUUGUAGUACGCGUAGUUCUGUAAGCGACCGCUCGCGACCGGGACGCCAGGUGAUGUUGGAAUCAGGAGCAAAGUGCUGAGGAUGGGAACAGCUGUACGGCUCUGGCGUAACGUUACAACCACCUGCUGGCUACGAUCUUUUAAAUAACUUCGUUUCUGGUUUAGUGCCAUUACCUAUUUUUUUUUUUUAAUUUAAAAGGCUCUUUUAUAAUUAAAUGUUAUUUUUUUUUUUUUCUGAA